GCGAUAUGUAAACAAAUAAUUGACGGAAAUUGUUAGUUUUCUUCUAAUUAUUCUUAAUUCUUUAAGUUUGCAAUGACUUUCUAUUAUGAUCUUGUGCGGUAAAAAUAUGCUUCGAAAUGAAAGUAUUUUGGUUUCUAUUAUUAAUAUUUGUUAUUUUCUGCAAAUUUUCAAUUGUUGUUCCCCACCCUGAAAAUAAUCGUUUUAGCAAGCUGUAUGGAUAUUAUCCAGACCAUGAUGGAAGACGGGACUUUCCGUACAGCAAUACUGAAUUUGAGCAUGCAAUUGAUGACGAUAGGUGUCGAAAGCCAAUCGAGGCGUUAGAAAUUGUUAAAAAUACUAGGUAUGGAAAUUACAAGGGUAGACAAAUAAGCUUGUGUGAUUCUCCUGGAGUACCUUUAAGGGAACGGCCUGGUCAACCAACCGCUUACGGACCAAAAAAUACUGUUAGAGUAUUUCUAGGAAUCCCAUAUGCUGAACCUCCCAUAAGAAAAAAGGAUGGAUCAUAUCAACUAAAGCCUCCUAAAGAAAGAGAUGAAUUUCGUGACCGUGAUGCCUUUGGUUACAGCAAAUCAUGUCCACAGAAUGAAAAGUACAUUAAAAAAGGCCAAGGUAUCAAUACUACUGAUGAAGAUUGUUUGUAUCUGAAUAUUUUUACUCCUGGUCAAAUUGACAUUGACAAACCUGUCCUUGAGAAAUAUCCUGUGAUGUUUUACAUUCAUGAUGGAAACUUUGACCAUGGAAGUGGUGCACUUUUUCCUGGUCAUAUGUUAGCAGCUUCCCAACGAGUUGUGGUUGUUACAUUCAAUUAUCGUUUAGGUUACUUAGGAUUUUUAGCCACUGGUGAUGCUAAUUCUCCUGGUAAUUAUGGAAUGCUAGAUCAAGUAGCAGCUUUGGAUUGGGUAAAGAAAAACAUUGACGUAUUUGAUGGAGAUCCUAACAAGAUAACGCUUUUUGGCUCUGGUGCUGGGGGUGUAUCUGCAGCUCUUCUUGCCAUUUCUCCCCUCUCCCGGCAUAUGGUCAAAAGAGCAAUAGCUCAGAAUGGUGCUCCUACAGCUGAUUGGGCUGCUAUAUCAGAUCGCAUUUUUAUGGUCAAUACGAGUCAGAUUCUCGGUAACGAAUUAGGUUGUGAUAAUCAAGAUUUCAAUCGUUUGGUUGAUUGUGUUAGUAAAAGAAGUAAUAAUGAAAUAAAAAUCCUGAAAAUGAAGCCUCGCAUUGGGUGGUUGCCAUGGGGCCCUGCGCUUGAUAAUUUUACAAGACGUAGUGUUGAACAGUUUCUACCAUUGUCACCUACUGAUUUGCUUGAAAGAGGAGUUCUUUUUAACAAUGAAUUUGCUUUCAUGACUGGUGUUAGCAGAGAUGCUGGAGCUCCUAUAUUUUGGGAAGAUUAUGUUUUUACAAAGGAUUUAGAACUUACAGAAGAAAAGUUCAAUAAGAAAAUCAGAGAAUUCAUGAAAAUGUACAAUUAUACUAUUAAUGCCAAUGGAAUUUUUGAUGCUAUUCAUUUUAUGUACAGCCCCCCAGUUGAUCCCACAAAUAAAAUGUUGCUAACUCAAGCUUAUAUACAUUUACUUACUGAUCGCUAUUAUGUUGCACCUAUUGACAAGACUUUAGAACUCAUGCUAAAAAAUAAAGUUCCAACUUAUGCAUAUGUUUUGAAUUACACUCUGCAAGGUUAUUCUUUACCUAUCAAAGAUGUAGUUUCGCCAGAGAUUGAUUAUCUACUUUUGAGUGGCGCUCCUUUUAUGAACCCAAAAUUCUAUCCUUCUUAUUUAAAUCUAAAUCAAGCAAGAUGGACUGAGGCUGAUCGAAAUAUGAGCCAAUUUAUGAUGGAAGCAUGGGCAAACUUUGCUAAAGAGGGAAAUCCUACACCUUAUCGUCUCUUCAAUAAUAUUUUAUGGAAACCUAUCAAUGAAAAAAAUUACACAUAUCUAAAUAUAAAUGCCACUAAUACAACUAGCACAAUGAUCACUGACUACAGAGAACGAGAGAGCCGAUUUUGGAACUUUUUGUUACCUUUCUUCAUCGAUCGAGAACCUCCGACUUUGCCUCCAACUCUGGAACCAGGUGUUGCAGAAUUAAGAGUUGUAACAAGUGCCUUAUGGGGAAGUGUUGCACUUGCUGCCUUGAUAAUAACAAUUACUCUAGUCUUCUGCAUUUUGUAUUGCAAAAUACGAAGAGGAAAGAAACCUGAUGACCUUGAUACAUCUCGUGAAGUCAUAGUGAAUUAUACUGCCUCUAUGCAAGAAGAUACUCCUGUGUAAACAAUGUGUGAUAUUUGUUUCUAAUAUCUUGUUUGCGCAUUUUUUUUCUAUGAUAUUUUUAGUUUGUUUUUCUGAAAUACUUUCUUCGUGAUAUUGAUAGCGUAUUUCCUCUUUAUUUCUAAACAAAACAGUGUAGUAUUAUUAUAUGUGAGCCCAAGAUACUAAGCAUUCUAAAACCAUAAAUAAAAUUAAUUUUUGUAUAGAUAUAAUACAGUAGCUGUGCUUAAUGUGGUUACUACAGGAUGUAAGACAGUUUAUAACAUUAAUCAAUUAUUAAAAUAACUGAAUUUUUAAAUAUUACUUAACAAUUCAUUCAUAUAUUGUUUGUACAUAUAUUAUUUUGAAACUUUGUUGAAUCAUGCUGCACUUCGGUUUUAAAAUGGAAAGUACUUAAUUUUCUUCAUUGUUCGUGGUGGGUUUUCUUCAAAACAUAUACCCACUUCAGAAUCAUCAUCAUUUAUUACUUGGUACUGAUUAUACAUAUACGAAAUCGCAAUUUAAAAAAAAAAAUUUACAAUUAGAGAGUCGUAAAAUUUUUAUCUACACCACAGCACAGCGUUGAUGCAUUUUAAGUAAAUUUUCAUAACUGUUAAGUAUUUUAAUUUUGUAUUUGACAUUCAAAACCAAUAUUUUAAAUUCAUUUUUCUUUCAUAAUUCAUUUAUAAUUAAUAGUGGUUUAUGGCUGUUUGACGGAUUUCAUGCCAGGCCUUGCAUCGUAACUGUCCCUUUAAACAAUCUAGAGUGCUCUAAUCCAGAAAAAAGAAUGUAAAUAUUAUAUCUUUGGACAAGUCAUUUCCAAAUGGUCUUGAAAAAUUGAUCAUUUCUCUAUUUCAAACCAUUUACCAUUAAACAAUGUAGUGAUCACUCUAAGAAUAUAUUUUUUUGUACAUUUGAAGGAUUUUGAUAAUAUAAAUUUGCUAACAUUAACUGUGAUCACAUUAAUCAGUGUAUACUAUACUCAUUUUUGAAAAUGAAUUAAAAAUCAGACAUUAUUAUUAUAGUCCACAGGAUAAGGGUCCACAAGCAGUUGUUAAAUUCUGUAUAAAUUAAAUGAAUUAGCUGAAUAUAAUAACCAGAUAAUUUUAAAAAAAUUUCUCAGUUUGUUUGCUAUCUAUAAAAAUCAGACAUUAUUUAAAGCCUUUCUCUUUUUUUUAUUAACCU